UCCAAUUUGAACCAUUCGAAUCGACCCGUUCUUUGCCCCAUAAGCUUUCAUAUCUGCUUUACCGUUAGUGCGUUAUUCAGUUCCCAAAAGUCUAAGUACUAAUUACACCAUCCCGACCUCAUAAUAGAAACAUAACUCGCCGGCAAAUUUCUCCGUGUCCACCUUAUCCAUCGUCCUGGAUUUCUUCGCAUAUCCGAGAUAUUCGGCUUUUUACAGAGCAAAGAUGGCUUCUAUUGAGGCUGAGUUUACGGAGGAGAGAGCCAUGUUGAUCCAGCGCCUAAUGAAAUCCACCAACGUUCACUUAGUCGACAAGGCGAAUCAUGCCUUCAUUUGGUUGUGUGAUGUGGAGGUGCUGCGAGGAAUGGUAAGGCAUGCGGAGUCCGGAACGCCUAGCGCGAGCCAGGUGGCUUUGAGUCUUCGGGCGGGCCCACACGUCGUCAAACAGUUGAAGUCCUGGCUUGCCCGUCGUACAAGCAAAAGCGACACCGAUGAAGCUGCCGACGUUGAACCGGCCACCCCGGCCACCCCGUCUACCCCCACACCCGCUACGGGAGAGUCCCCCCAACCCUCGCCUACCACACCUUCCAAGAGAAAGGCUAGCAAGUCGGAGUCCCCCUCGCCAACCAAAAUUCCUCGUGUUACUAACCCUGGACUUCAACGGUCCAAAACUGCGGAAGAUAUAGCCAAAGCCCGAGAUAACGGCCGUUGUGUUGUGACCCAGAUGGGGGAGCCAGUCCAGAUAUGUCAUAUUUACCCACACUCAAUGGGGGAAAAGACUGGGGGUGAGCGGGAUGAGUUUUGGAUGCUACUUCAGGCGUUCUGGCCCGUCAACAAGAUUGAGCAAUGGAAGAAUGACAUCUUUGGGCCCAAGGGCACAGAGAUGCCCCAAAAUCUCCUGUGUCUGUCGAAUAUCGUACAUGAUCUUUGGGGUAAAGCCCGGCUUGCCUUUGAACCCGUCGAAAUGGCGGCGGACGGAACCUCCCUCACCAUUCGCUUUUGGUGGUUACCGGGCACCAAGCUUCACGGGCGUGUGGCACUUUGUGUCCCUCCGUCUCUCCCUGCGUCGUUGAAGGCGAGCCCUUUAAAUGCCAAAUUAUGGAAUUGCGAAACUGACGCGCCCAUAUAUUCUGGUGAAACCAUAAUUUUGACUACUACUGAUCCUGUAGCCAUGCCACUCCCUUCUUUUGAACUUCUGCAUAUGCAGUGGAUGUUGACCCGUGUUGCUGCACUUUGCGGUGCAGCGGAUGUGACAGACGAGGACCUGGAAGAUGAAGACUUGGGAGAUGAAGACUUGGAAGAUGAAGACUUUCAGUCUGGGGGUGAGAUGGCAAGCCCAAUUCCUGAAGCAUUGCCCCCACAGGCUUAGUUCUGUCCUGAUCCACGAACGGAUUAUCCCGGGAGGUCUGAAGCAACUUUGGUACGAAAGUCCGAACUUGAAGACCAUCUCUCCUUAGUGCUAUAUAUUAGCCCCUCAAUGGAUACUUGCUUGCCACUAAUUAAGGAGAAUGCGAGAGUGCUUAAAGGUAGUAUUGCUCUCCCUCGAAGGUUUAGGGGGCGCUGUGAAUAUAGUUUCAGCCGAUAUCGGACAUUCCAAGUAAGAAGAACAGAACAGACGGAUGUCCAAGAUGUGUUGUAAUCAUCCUGCAAUAAU